GAAUCGUUUAAAUGGCAUAAACAUACAGCCUUUCACCUUCAAUUAUUAUUGUGAUCUUCCAAUUGCGACAUGAUGUAAGGAUAUUGAAGAACAUGGUAGAACAACAAUAUUGAUUUGGAGAUGCCAGAAAAUAUUCCUACCUGGAAAAGAACUUGUGCAUUUUGUGAAACUUUGUUUUUAUAAGGAAGUGUGCAUAUAGUAAUCAUUAAUAUUUGAUUCCGAUUGGGAAAUAAAGAAUAAAUAUUGCAAAUACUGACAGAGAAAAAAAUGUGUUCUUGAGUAUUCAUGAAUAAUAUUUAAUAGACUUAAUGACUGAAACAUAUUUUUCCUUGUGAGGAAAUAUGCGAUGAAGCCAUACAACCGUAAGAUAAUUUUAAGGUUUUAGCAAAAUAAAAGCACUCUUAUUCCAGUUAUGUGAUGCAGUUUUGAAAAUGGUUUGUUCAUAUAAAGUGUGCCUGUCAAUAUGUACGAUUCUGCAAACAUUUUUCUCUUUGGGAUAUACAUCAAAAUUUGACGGCGUGAAGGAUGUAGAGAAUAUAACGAUAGGUUACCUAACAGUGGACAAGACGGAUGGCUUUAUGCGAGGGAAGCAGGGCAGACUAAUAUCCGGGGCCAUCUCCUACGCCAUAGAGCUGAUCAACAACGACACGUCCAUUUUGCCUCGCCACCGCCUGAAGUUGACGUGGGGGGAUACGCAGGCGGACACCCUGGUUGGAACGCGGGUUCUUACGUCACAAUGGAGGCGAGGCGCCCGAGCGUUCAUCGGACUAGAGGACAGCUGUAGCGUGGAGGCAAAAGUCGCGGCAGCGUGGAAUCUGCCAAUGAUCUCCUACAAAUGUGCUGACUACGACGUCUCCGACAAAGAACAGUUCCCAACGUUUGCACGAACGUUUCCGCCAGCGACCCAGGUGGCCAAACCAAUCAUUUCCUUGCUUUUACACUACAACUGGAUGAAGUUCACCUUAGUCUACGGCUCCCUAUAUAAUUCUAUGGUUAUAGCAGAUAAAAUCCGGGAACUUGCAAAGCUCAACAACAUCACUUUAAACGACGAAGAAACCUUUGAAGACCCUCACAUUCCAUUGACGAUGCCCAACCCAUUUCCUGGAAUAGUUGAACGCACCUUUGUAGACACGAGAGUGUAUGUGUUCCUGGGAACGUACAAUGGUAUAGUGGAUAUGAUGACCAACAUGUAUGACCGUGGUCUGCUGGACACUGGCGAGUAUGUGGUCAUCUACUUCGACCACGAGACUUUGGACGCCAUAGAACCAUUGAAGUACUACAGCAGAACGACAGACCCACCGAUGACAAAGACCAAUGAGGAGGCCGUUCGAUCGUUGCUUGUUAUCACCGGAAGUCCACCCACAAAUCCACACUACGAGUCCUUCAAGCGGACAGUGACCUUAUAUUGCGAGAAGGAGCCAUUCAGCUUUCCCAAUAUCGAGGGAUAUGUUCGAAGGACAACAGUGUUUGCUGCGUACCUGUACGAUGCUGUCCUUCUGUAUGCUAAAGCAGUCCACGAGGUCAUAGAGGCGGCUGGAUCAGUAACAAAUGGCACCGCCAUCGUUGAGAAAAUUCUGGAUACAAACUAUACAAGUAUUCAAGGCUACCAAGUUCACAUCGACAAGAACGGUGACGCGGAGGGAAAUUAUACGUUGUUGUCAAGGCAACCGUACAAAACCAACCUCUCUGACUACUCCAUGUUGCCGGUCGGUCAUUUCCAGAUUGGCCGUGUCAGCAGUGGACCUCCGGUGUUACGCCUAUACGACGGUAUGGAUAUAUUAUGGGUGUCUGGGGAGUCGCCAAUAGACGAGCCUAGGUGUGGGUACCGGGCCCAGAGGUGCAUUCCGCCCAAGAGAUACACCUUUGAGAUACUUGGCGGGGUCAUUGGAGGGAUAGCUCUUGUCCUCAUCAUCAUCGCUCUUGUUAUUUACAGAAACUGGCGAUAUGAGCAAGAAAUAGCGGGUCUGCUGUGGAAGAUUCCUCGUGAAGACCUGAAGACCUCCGAGUCCAGCGACCGGAGGGACAGCUUUGGAAGCAGGAUGACAUUGUCCCAAUUAUCGAUGGACUCGCGAAUGUCGUACACCCAGGUGUAUGCUCGGACUGGAGGCUACCGGGGCCAGAUUGUCGCCCUGAAAAUGUACGAAAAGAAACACCUCUACAUCAGCAGGAAGACGAAAAAGGAAAUGAAACUGAUGCGUGACCUUAGACAUAACAACAUCAACGCAUUCUUAGGCGCUUGUAUUGACCCGCCAGUAUUCAUCAUAGUCACAGAGUACUGCUCCAAAGGAAGCCUUACCGAUAUCUUGGAAAAUGAAGAUGUUAAACUUGACAACAUGUUUCUAUCUUCACUUGUAAAAGACAUUAUUCAGGGUAUGACAUUUUUGCACGAGAGCGAGCUUGUUUACCAUGGUAACCUGAAAAGUUCAAACUGCGUGGUAACGAGCCGAUGGACGCUGCAGAUUACAGAUUUUGGUCUGCUGGAGGUUCGAGCAGCCACGUACAAAAUAGAGGAGGAACAUGCCUUCCAUAGAAAUCUGUUUUGGAAAGCCCCGGAACAUUUACGCACCUCACUUUCGAAAGGCUCUCAGAACGGCGACAUAUACUCAUUUGCAAUAGUUCUUCAUGAAAUAUUCGGACGUCGGGGUCCAUAUGGAUUUUGUAACAUGACGCCAAAAGAGGUAAUUGAUCGCGUGCGCAACGAUUCCAAUUCGGUCCCGUUCCGUCCUAACACCAGCCUUCUGUCAUGCGACAGUUUCGUCAUUGAGUGCAUGCAAAUGUGCUGGGAGGAAUCGCCGGACAACAGGCCCGACUUCCGGGGGGUUCGCAAGCUGCUCGACCCGCUCUGGCGACACGGAACACGCCGAAACAUAAUGGAUAAGAUGAUGGCGAUGAUGGAAAAAUACCAGAAAAAUCUCGAGGAUAUCGUAGAAGAAAGAACCACAGCGUUGAUGGAAGAAAAGAAAAAGACAGAGGCACUUCUGCUUCGAAUGUUGCCAAGAUGCGUGGCUGACCAGCUGAAGUCAGGUGAGGCGGUGGUUCCCGAGUGUUACAACUGUGUCACCAUCUACUUCAGCGAUAUCUGUGGCUUCACUCACCUUUCCGCCGAAUCCACGCCUAUGCAGGUCGUUGACAUGCUGAAUGAUCUCUACACAAUAUUCGACAAUACCAUACGUAACUUUGACGUCUAUAAAAUAGAAACUAUAGGUGAUGCCUAUAUGGUUGUGAGCGGGCUGCCUAUCCGGAACGGUGACAGCCACGCGGGAGAGAUCGCCUCCAUGUCUCUACAGCUACUCCGUCAUAUCAAGUCCUUUACCGUCCGCCACAUUCCAGACUACCAUAUGUCCCUUAGAAUCGGCAUGCACUCAGGUCCGUGUGUUGCGGGUGUUGUUGGGCUCACGAUGCCGCGAUACACGCUGUUCGGGGACACCGUCAACACGGCAUCACGCAUGGAAACCAACGGCGAACCUAUGAAGAUUCACUGCAGUCAAGAGAGCCGCGAUAUUUUGGUCAGCCUUGGCGGCUAUACGUUAGAGUCUAGAGGAAAGGUUCCAAUGAAAGGGAAAGGAGAACUUCACACAUUCUGGUUGUUGAGCGAGGACGAAUCAGUAAGAAAUAUUAGGGUACGAAAGUCCUCUAAAACUCUUACAGAGAUCUACAGCAACUGUUACUUUCAGCCCUCGACACCUAAGAUAAGCCACAGGGGGCUUUCCGGCAGAAUAAAACACUCGCCGCAAAACCCUUCCUACAGAUGCUCACAACACGAUAGUGAUGAUAACUACAACAUUCAGGACAACAAUAGGCCUUUGUUGGAACUACUUCGAGAUAGUGAAAACAAGGCUUCGCACUGUGAUUCGCCAGUUCAAAAUUCGUUCCAUUCACCGGCAUUCCAUUCUUCCGGGAAAGAGACACAUUCGUCAUCAGUACAGGGGCUAAACACAGUGCAUAUCAAUCUCAAAGCACCUGUAAAUGGAAUCAUGGCUGACGUUUAUGUUAAAUCAUCGUCCUCGAAUCCAGACAUGAACUCCAAUCACAAUACUCCAAGAUGUUACGAGGUUGUUAAUGAGAAUAAUGGGGAAAUAAGCAGUAAUGCGGGGGAAAACAUCCGUGAAACUGACAGCCUGUUAUCGUCAAGUAGUCCUACAUCAAAUAAAGCAGAAAACAAAUGUGGCUUCGGUUGUAGUAUUCGUGGGGAUAAUCAUCCUUUAAGUAACAACACAGAAUUAGACAAUCUUACAAGUGACAAUUGUACCAAUGAACCAACGUUAUUAACGAUGAAGUCUUCAAUAUAGGGAAUACGUUAUAUGUGAAUAAUGACCCAAUUGUCAAUAAAACAAUUCUGUGAUAUCAUGUACAUUGCCAUUGAAUAUGUUUUAUUCUCACGGAUGUACAUAACAAAUGCACACCACAUUCUUGCAUGCCUUCUAGGACUGUUUUAUUAAUAACCAAAAGUACACUAGUAGUUAUCGAAAAUUGAUUUGAUAGUCAAUUGUAUCAAAUUGUUAUUUUAGAUACAUAUAUGAUUGCAUUCACAAUAAAAUGAUCAUACUGAAACUUUGUAUGUGUCAUUGAACAGAAAUAUUUUAUAUGUAAAAUGUGAUGAAGUAUUCUUGUUCGUUGAGAUAUAUUUCAAACACUACUAUCACAGUUGGCUUUCAUUUUACACGUGCUCAUUUAGGUAGUUGUAGUUUUGAAUUGUGUGUGAUCCAGU